AUGACUGAGAACGACGACUUGCUGGCCAAAAUUGGUCAACUUGCAGGGCAAAUUAAUCGGCACAAGAACCAACCAACUCAGCCGCCUCAGCCAUCCCAUCAAUCACAAUAUGUUUCUCGCCAUGUGCCUUCCCACCAGGGAUGGGCUCCCUAUUCUCGAGGUCGAGGUGGCCGUGGUCGAGGCCGCCAUCCUGCCGCUCCGCAUCGACACCGCACACUGGUUUUGAAUACCGGAGCAUCAGGAUCUACGCCUAGCUCCACUUCAUCGCCUGGUCCUGCGAGCGAUAACGAUGGCGAGUCGCGUCCUACGCCAACGUCCAAUGGAUGGGUUGCGAAGAAUGAUCGUCAUAUGCAGCUCAUCAAUUCCGCUGUUUAUGAUAAAGAAAAGCAAGCUAGAGCUAAGGCUAUGGAGGAGACGCGUAAAUUCAAGGAACGGCGGCGUGCCGAGCGUGAGCAAUCCAAGGUUCUUCGGUAUGCCCAGGGUCCUGUGAGUGCAUCUGUGUCUACUGCUACGCAACAGAUUCUUGUCAAUGAUGUCCCAUUCAAGAUCACGCGUGGAGGGAGUAGAUUGGUGCGCAUGUCGGAUGAUCCAAACACCGCCAAUACUACGCCAAAGCGAGUCACUGUUGCUGGUGUGAACUUUGUGCGCAGUAAACAUGGCAACCUGCAUCGCCUGGGCGCCGUCACAUCAAAGAAGCAGCCCGGUGCGGCUAAGAAGCGAGACGAGCUCUGCAAGAGAUUUACAACGACCGGUACAUGCUACAAAGGCCCAUCAUGCCUGUACACUCAUGACCCAAGCAAAGUUGCUAUCUGCAAGGGCUUCCUUCAGACAGGCGACUGCAGCGCAGGUGAAAACUGCGAUCUUUCCCAUGAUCCAUCGCCCCAUCGAUCCCCUGCUUGUUUACAUUUCAUGAAAGGCCGAUGCUCCAAUGAUAACUGUCGUUAUGCUCAUAUUCGCACGACACCAGGUGCGCCCGUCUGUCGUGCUUUUGCAAAUCUAGGUUACUGCGAGAAAGGUGCUGAGUGUGACGAACGUCAUGUACACGAAUGUCCUGACUAUGCCAACUCGGGUGUCUGCCCGAAGAAGCGAUGCCAGUUACCCCAUGUUGACCGCGCGGGUCAAAUUCGAAAAGCUGCUGCCGCGGCAGCAAAUAAGGCCGAAGCCGGCGAUGAUGAAUCUGACCAGUCCAGUGAAGAGGAGGAGUAUGAUGCGAUUGACUCAGAUGAUGUCGACUCAGAUGAGCUCGAUGACAUGCCCGAAGAGCUGAUCGAAGGCACGGAUAACGGCGAGAUGUCGCAGCAGCAAGACUUUAUUGGUUUUUAG